AGCCCGAGGCAGGGCCCUUUUGGCGCCCGUGGGCGGAGGAGUCGGGGGCUGCCGCCCCAUCCGCCGUGGAGGGCGACGCGUAGACGCCAACUCCACUUAGGGCCUCGGGCUGGGACCCGGUGGUGAGGGCGGGCCCGGGUCCCCCACUCCCCCACCCUUCCUACGACCCUCAAGAGCCGGAAGCAAGGCGGACGGUGCCCGCCGCAGAAGCUGGCCCGGGUCAGGUCCCCAACCCCCACCCCCUAAGACACCACGGACAACCCCCCCCUUCCGGCUGAAGGAGGGGGCCUGAACUCGGGGUUCGCCGAACCCUCUCGGCCAUCCCUGGUCGAGAGGUGAUCGCACCCCUUUCCUGGGCGGCCCUGUCAACAAGCCCAGGGGGCUGGGGACAAGGAGAAUAAAGAAGGCGGUGGGUCCGCGGAGCCCCGCCCCCGGCUCUACGCUGAGUCAAAGAGAGGGGGUGCGAGGUGCUCGCACCCGUAAAUCCGUCACACUGGUGGAGAAUGUGGGCACCGGUUAACUAAUAUCCCCCACAGACGAACGAGGUCGAGAGCAUCGAGCUAUCCCCGAUUCAGAAGACGCGGGGGAACCGGAAGAAGCGAUGGAACCCCGCCAAUUCCUGGAGUGGUUCGAAGGGAACCAACGAUUGCAGAACCAGGCUCAGCAGGAACAACAGACUCAGUUGAUCCAACAGCUGACAAGCCAGUUCCAAGAGCACCAGCGGCAACUAGUUCAGGAACUCGCCGCUCAGCAAAACCAGUGGCGACAAACCGUAGAAAGAAGAUGGGGGGCAACGGGGGGAGGACCCAAUGGGGCGGGAGAAGGACCCAACCUACCCCUGCGGCUCAGCAAGUUGGGCCCGCAGGACGACCCCGAAGCCUUCCUCACAACUUUUGAACGGGUGGCAACAGCGGCCCGCUGGCCGCCGGAACAAUGGGCCACCCUGCUGGCCCCCUACUUGAGCGGGCCCGCCCAACUGGCCUACCGCAGCCUAGCGGUCACCGAUGCCUUGAACUACUACAAGGUCCGAGAGGCAAUAUUGGACCAGCUGGGACACUCACCGGAGACCUGCCGGCAGCGGUUCCGGCAGGAGGGGUUCAAAGCGGGAGACAGACCGCGGGCAGUGGCUCAGCGCCUACGGGAAUGGGCCAAUCGGUGGCUGGAGCCCGAACAGAAGACGGGCCUACAAGUCACCGAGAUGAUUGUAAUGGAACAAUUCAUACACAUCUUACCCCGAGAAGGGCAGCGAUGGGUCCGGCGGAACAGACCCACGACCCUACAGGAGGCAGUGAACCUAAUGGAGGCCCACCUACUCGCGGAGCAAGAGGAGGGAGGCGUCCGACGAGAGGCGUUACCCGGCACGAAGGUAGGGGGGCCCCGGAUCGGGGGGAAGCCCAUAGGGAAGGAACCGGCCCCGGAGCCACGCCGUGCGCGGGACAAUAUCCCCCGCCUAGCCCCGGUGUGGUCGCACCCGCCCCCAGAGAGAACUAGCGGGGAGGAACCGCCGGAGAAGGUGCCGAGAGAGGCCCGGGCCGGGACCCGCGGCCCCUGCUUUCAGUGCGGACAGAUGGGCCACUUUAAGCGAGAAUGCACCUUAAUGGACUGUACGCUGAACCAAGGGGAGGGAGCCAGCCCGGCAGGGGACCGGGCCGACGAGGGAAACCGAGUCGUGCGAGACAUGAUGGUGGAAGGGCAGCCGGUCAGAGCCCUGGUGGACUCUGGGUCAUCGGUAACGCUCGUCCGGGCUGACCUCAUCCCCCCCCGACGGCCGGAAGGGGAGCCCGUCUGGAUGAGAUGUGUCCACGGGGACACCCGCGCCUACCCCACCGUCCAGGUCCACCUGAGCGGGGGCGGGCAGGACCGGCUGUGGCGGGUGGGGAAGGCCCAGACCUUGCCAUACCCCCUCCUCAUAGGACGAGACUGGCCCGGGUUUGGAGCCUUGCUUCAGGGCCCGGUUGCCCCCACGGGACGAGGGGGAGCCACGGAACCCCGGGGGUUGUGCCGCGACGAGGAACUCCGCGGCAAGGCCGCCUGCUUGGAGAUAGAGGCAGCCCCAGACUUCAUGACGGAGCAGAGGAUGGACCCCACCCUACAGAAUGCCUGGGACCAAGCCGGGGUGCCGGAGGAUCCGGAGCAAGGCCCGGAGGGGCCGCUGCAAGGACCCCGAUUCCAGAUGCCUCGGAGGUGGGACUCGGGGCGGUACUAGCCCAAGAGGAACAAGGCGCGGACCAGCCGGUCCUCUACCUCAGUCGAAAACUGCUGCCACGAGAGAGGGCAUACGCCACGAUAGAGAAAGAAGCACUUGCGGUGAAAUGGGCGAUUGACACUUUACGGUAUUAUUUGUGGGGGAAUAAAUUUAAGUUGGUGACUGAUCACGCA